GGGUGGAGGAGGCGGUGGUGGAGGUUGCAGGGAGCGGAGAUAGACCUCUAGCCUGGGCGACAGAGUGAGACUCCGCCUCAGAAAACAGGAAACCACAGUCUAUUUUUUUUUUCUCUCUCUCGAAUUCUACCUGUCCUUAAGGGGUACUAAGGAAAUGGAUGGUGUGGGAGAUGUCGAACUCCCAGAGAUAGGAAGCUGAGGAGGAAGAAACACCAGAGCUUGCAGGUUCAUCUGUUAUAUGGGAUAAAAGAAAAAACAAAACAAAACCCCAGAGCUUUCAGGAAAGAUUUCUAAGGCCGCUGAAGUCAUACCAUCAAUUAGUGCCUGACGGCGAAGUUACGCUUUCCUGGCUGUUGCUGAAAUCUAAGGGAUGAUGAUGUGGACAAGGAAGCAUGGAGAAAACGUCUGAAGGAUGUUAAGGAAGCAACUGACUGCACAUGCUGAGACGAAGGGAAGAGUCGUGUGGAUGAUGCAAACCGGGAGGCGGCUUUCUGCUUUCCUAUUGGCUGUUGGAUACGGCUCCGCUUUCAGCCAAUCAAACGACUUCCCUUCACCCCUCCCGGUGGCUCUUAUAAAUUACAUCAAAUUGGUUAUCCCUUCCACAUUCUUCUCCUUGAAAAAGAAGCUGUGACUGCAAUUUUAGCCGUAAUGUCGGGACGCGGAAAGCAGGGGGGCAAGGCCCGCGCCAAGGCCAAGUCGCGCUCGUCCCGCGCUGGCCUCCAGUUCCCGGUGGGGCGAGUGCACCGCUUGCUGCGCAAAGGCAACUACGCGGAGCGGGUGGGGGCCGGCGCCCCAGUGUACCUGGCAGCGGUCCUCGAGUACCUGACCGCGGAAAUUCUGGAGCUGGCGGGCAACGCGGCUCGGGACAACAAGAAGACGCGCAUCAUCCCUCGCCAUCUGCAGCUAGCUGUGAGGAAUGACGAAGAGCUCAACAAGUUACUGGGGGGUGUCACCAUUGCCCAGGGCGGCGUCUUGCCCAAUAUCCAGGCUGUCCUGUUGCCCAAGAAAACGGAGAGUCACAAGCCUGGCAAGAGCAAGUAAUAAAUAGGCUUGACACCAUACCCAUUCACCCCAAAGGCUCUUUUAAGAGCCACCAAAGUGUCAAAUGAAGGGCUGGUAACGAAACAGCGCAUUAGCUCUUUUUUUG